AUGACGUUGAAGCUGAGGAGCUGGCAGCACCCCAACAGGGACGGGCAGCAUUCAGAAAAGCCACACAGCCACACCAUGGCCGACAGGACCUCCUCAGCCAGGUCCCAGAACCCCAGAAUCUCCUCCCACAUCUCUGAAUCCACGAAGAACCAGUCUUACAUAAACGUGCCUCAGGAUUCUGCCCGCGGGGACAGACGGAUACGCCCCACCACCAUCCUGCUCUGCAAGUCACAGAGCGGCCAGGCCACCCGGGUGCCCAAGGAGCACAAGACACUCAUGGAGGAAGCCUACAGCGCAGCCAUCUGCUUCAAGAUGCUCCGGGACCUGAACAGUUCAGACCCCCUCCACCUGAAGUACAUCAUCAAGAAAAUCAAGAACGUGGCUCACGGGGACCCCAACCUGGUGCUGGAAACCAUCCGUGACUACUUUGUAGACAACCUGGAGAUCUCCGCCUGGCACAACUUCCGGCUCUUCCACGUCCUGGACGCUGUCAUUGGAGCCAGUGAGUCCCCGGAGGAGACCUGGGAGAAGACCUUCAUGCAGCUGGCCCUGGAGAACAUGACCAAGACCACGGAGCUGGAGGAGGCCCACCGGGACGCGGCCAGCAACGUGCUGGUGGCCAUCUGCAGGCACGUGUGGCGGCUGGUGGCCCAGCACCUGGAGACCGAGGUCCUGUCGGGCGUCUUCCCGCCCCGCAGCCUCCUCUACGUGAUGGGCGUCCUGACCUCUAACGCACUUCGACAACAGGCCUGGACAGAAUCGGAACGCAGCGAGGAGGCCCAGGAGGCAGGCCUGCCCUGCCACGUGGGCCUCUCCCCGGAUCACCGGCAGACGGGGGCCAAGCUCGCAGAGGCUAUGGCCGUCAAGUCAGUCCAGUUUCUGAACACAGAAAUGUGGUCCAAGGAGCUGCUGGGGGUACUCACCAAGCCCGACCGGACACAUCAGGAGCAACCCCUGGAGAAGGCCUUCCUGCUCAUCUACUCUGGGCUGAUCCUUCAAGCCGAGGAGAACAGCACCAUGGUCAGGACACACCUGAGAACCCUCCUGGCAACGUCCCACCAGUGGCCCAAGCAGAGAGAGGGGAGGACCCACCCUGACCCUGGUCACACCCUCAGCCCUGACCCUGGUCCCGCGCUGAGCCCUGACCCUGGUCACACUCUCAGCCCUGACCCUGGUCACACCCUCAGCCCUGACCCCGGGCAUCGCUCUCACCGUGGGGCUGCUGUGGCCCGCCACCUGGACCACAUCUGGGCCGUCCUGGAGCAGUUUGGCCGGAGCACGCCCGUCAAGUGGAGACUGCACAGCUUCUCCCCGAAGGACGAAACCCCAAAGCAGAGCUUCCUCAUGGCCAUCCUCAUGCUGGUGGGGGCUGUCAGCCGCAACGAGGGCACCCAAAGCUGCGAGCUCUCCCAGGUCUCUGAGCUCUUCGAGUGUCUGAUGCUUCUGAUGGAGAAGGAGCCCCAGGACAUGCUGUGCACGUCAACUCGCCAACAGGCCAUCCACAUCAUCUCCAGCCUCUGCAAGAUGAGGCCGCCCCUGGCCUUGGAGAAGAGAUCUCGGCUUCUGCCCAUCAGCCUCCGCAGCGUGUUGUCCUUGCCGCAGCUGGAAGUCCUGGAGAAACACACCUGCCUCUUUCUGGAGCCGCGCAGCACACAGGUCUGGCCCCUCGGGAGGCCUCAGGCCUCCCUUCAUCCCACUGGGGCUUGGCCACCACCUGAGCUGCUCCACGUCCCUGCGCAGAUCCUCUGCAACAAGACCUCGGAGGCCCUGGACCAGAUGCUGCAGAGCUUCAUCGUGCAGAACCCCACGGCCGACGAGCUGCACUUCCUGCUGUCGCACAUGUACGUCUGGCUGGCGUCAGAGAAGGCACAGGAGCGGCAGCGGGCUGUACACAGCUGCAUGGCCCUCCUCAAAUUCCUGAGACACAACCUCUACCUGGACCCAAAAGAGGACUUCAAACGGAUUGGGCAGCUGGUGGGCAUGCUGGGGAUCCUGUGCCAGGACCCAGACAAGGCCACCCAGUGCUCCAGCCUGGAAGGGGUGGGCCAUCUCUACAAGCUCCUGAUGCACCACAGAGCAGGGGAAGCCUCGCAGGUGCAAGCACCGCCCCCCGAGCAGCUUUCCCAGGCCGGCGCGGAUGGAGCCCCACUCUGGAGCGGCGGGGACCGGAAGGCCCCCCCCCCCAGCCCCCGGGAGAAGGCACUCUCGAAGGACCGCGUCUUCCAGCCCAGCAGCUCCCAAGUCAUCAAGGAGAUCAUGAAGCAUCUCACGAUGGCAGAGCUGCCCAACCUCAUCUGGACGGCUGCGGACAGCCUGGGCUCCACCAGCCCCUUCCGCGGGCAGGCGGCCGCCGACACGCUGCUCACCGUCAUCCAGGAGCACAGGGCCAAGCUGGAGACCGUGACGGGCCAUGCCGUCCGUCUGUGGAGGGCCCUGGGGGCCAAGCGGCUGAGCUGCCUGGUGCUGGCCGAGCUGCUGGCCUGGGCGCUAGAGCGGCCCCUACCCACCAGGACCAGUGACAGCAGCCCCCGGACCACGGAGAAGGCCUACCUGCGCUCCAUGGCCGCCAUGAACACGCUGCAUGAGCUGCAGUUCGCCCCAGAGUUCAAGAAGGCCGUGCAGGAGGCCUACCCCAAGCUCUUCCUGGCCCUCCUCACCCAGAUGCACUACAUCUUGGAGCUGAACCUGCCCAAGGAGCCCCAGCCCGGCCAGGAGACCCAGGAGGCAGCCGUGCCCAGCGCCCGGAGCUGUCACAUGUCGCUGGGGGCACUGCAGGGCCUGCUGCCCGCCGCCAGACACUGGCAGGACUUCGCCCACCUGGAGCUGCAGGGAGCCUGGGGCCUCUUCGCCACCACCCACACCGACCCGCAGGGCGUGGGCCUCCUUGCCAGGGCCACGGUGCAGAACCGCUGCAAGCAAGUCAAGGCGCUGAAUCAGCUGCUACCCCACCUGCGGAGCCAGGAGGAGCGGGGGAGGAAGGCAGCCAUCACCAUCCUCACGGGGUUCCUCUACAGCCCUGCCCUGCUGGAGGUGCUCCCCAAACAGGCCGCCCUGACCAUGCUGGCCCGAAGCCUCAGGGACCCCAGCCCCGAGGUCCGCGUGCUGAGCCUGCAGGGCCUGGGAAACAUCCUCUUCCACCCAGAGAAGGGACACCUGCUCCGUGGACUGCCGCCGCCCUUCCUCGAUGGCUUCUUCCACAGCAGCGAGCCGGUGGUGGUGCGCGUCAUGGGCACCGUGUCGGACGUGCUGCACCGCCCGGGCGCACACAGCACAGAGGCCCAAAGCCUUGGCAUCACCAUCAACACCCGCUCCUUCUCCGACGACGAGUGGGAUGGAAUCCGGGCAGCGGCCAUGGCACUGUCUGGGGAGCUGGUGGCGUCAAUGACAGGCAGAAAGCUAAGUGGCCUGAGAACCCAGGUGCACCAGAGCAUGGUGGCCCUGCUCCUGCACCUGAAGGACAGCUGCCGGGCCGUCGUCACGCAGGCCAAGCUCGGCUUCCACCGCGGCUCAGUGCUGCUCCGAUGGCGGCGGCGGCGCACCCUCUCCUGCACGCCGGCCUGGGAGGCGAGCCUCAGCACCCGCCACGUCCUCUGGAGCCGCCUGAUGAGCCACAGCCAGGAGGGUCUCAGCAUCCACUUGGCACAGGCCCCCAGCUACCUGCACAGCCGCCGUCGUCACAUCAAGACCUGGGCGGCGCUCUUCAUGGGUUAUACCACCUGCCACCACCCCCAGGCUGUGUCCCAGAUGGUCAAGGACAUGGACACGAAGCUGCUGUUCUGCACUUUUGAGGAUCUUAAGAAUGACCCAGAGCCCAGCAUCCAAGAACGUGCCACCAGGCAGUCCUCCUUCCUUCAGCAGAUGGCAGCCAGACCGCGGUGA